AUGACUUCGUACGCCUUCCUCCGCAGGUUCAUCGACCUGUCCGACGAAGAGCCUCAUCUUUUUGAGAAACACACUCAGUGGCUAUACACUAGAGUCUUUGACAGAAGAUUGCUAGGAAAGAAAGGAUUCAAGUACCUGGCCCAGAUGUAUGUCUUGGGAGAGAAAUUGAUCGACCACACAUUCCAGGACAUGAUCGUCGAGGCCAUAAUUCUCCGCCAUGUCACCGCGCGACUGGAUCAGGAGCGGCCGCGCGAAAAGGUACCUGGUCUGGAAGUUAUUAGGAUCAUCUACGAAGGUACUACGGGGAAUGCACGUGUGAGGCGUCUUCUUGUGGAUAUAUGGGCUUUCAACAUGGACUCCUCUUGGGUAACGGAGACUGAACUUCGAGCGCCAGCCAACAAGCCUUUCCUCGACGACCUUUUACCGGUAUUGCUAGACAGGCGAGGACUACCAGAUGCUUCUCAAGCUAGGCCAUGGAUUUCCCAACGAAGUUCGUAUUACAGCAUAACUGUCAAACUCGAGAGCGAUGUAGUGGGAGAUAGGGGCGGCGAUGCGAUCUCUGAGCCUUCCAUCAAGGAUGAGUCUUCAGCUGAGGAUGAGCCUCAGAUCAGGGAAAAGCCUUCUAUGAUAGAUGAGCCCCUCAUCAAGGAAGAGCUUUCCAGCGAGGCAGAAUCUUCCAGGGAGGAUGUAUCUUCUAGCGAGGAUGAGCCUUCCACCAAGACUGAACCUUCCGUCAAGGAAAAGGUUGACGUGCUUGAGGCAUUCUGGGGUAUGUAG